AUGCUCAAGCAGGUCAAGCAGCAGUUGGACGAAAACAUCGACCAUGGCUGCGCACCGAUUGGACAUUGUCCGUUCAAGAUCACCUGCGCUACAUAUGGAUAUACGGUGGUUGGUAAAGGAACCACACGACCACUCUGGCAUCAGGUUUCCCGGGAGGCCGAAAUAUAUCGUGUGUUUUCGCGGGUGCAAGGGUCGGCUGUGCCGGUAUUUCUCGGUAAGCUCGACUUGGACAAGUUCUACUUUGUCCAUGGUGCUGGAGAAACUCGCCAUAUGCUGCUGAUGGCUUGGGGUGACGAGUCGUAUUCUUUGGAUUCUUCCCCAUUGCCAUCAUCUGUCGCCAUCAUCAUCAUCAUCAGCAUCAGCAUCAGCAUCAAUUAUUGUGGUCGCCAUUCGGCAACCAAAUCCCCCGAUUCCUUCUCCUCCCUCCCCUCUCCCCCAUCCAACGAAUCACCCCUGUCAGCCACCACAGGGCUCAUGCUUCGACCAUGGCUUCGUCAGUGCCCAAGAGCCACCCGCUCGCUCGCCUGCCCGCAAUGCCGACCACCCAUUCGCAUUCGCGCCCUUGACGCCCUGCACACGCACACGGCCCUCCCUUCUUCCUCCCUCUCGCGUCCCAUUCGAUCCCUCCAAACCUCCGCCCCCGAGUCGCAGGACCGCAUCCCCCUUCGCAAGCAGCUCAAACAGGACGCCAAGGCCGUCAAGGCGCGCAAGCGACAGACCCGCGAGAACGAGGAGGCCUCCCGCGGAAAGUGGGAGUUGACCGUCGGCAUUGAGAUCCAUGCGCAGCUGAACACCGAGUCCAAGCUAUUCUCCAGAGCCCCGACGUCCUCGACCGAUCUACCCAAUUCGAAUGUCGCGCUGUUUGACCUGGCGUAUCCGGGGGCGCAGCCGGAGUUCCAAAUCGCCACGCUCCUGCCCGCCCUCCGCGCCGCCAUCGCCUUGAACUGUGACGUCCAGCCCGUGAGCAAAUUCGAUCGGAAGCAUUACUUCUACCAGGAUCAGCCCGCGGGGUACCAGAUCACGCAAUAUUACGAGCCCUUUGCGAGAAACGGCUAUGUCGACCUCUUCCGCCACGACGGCAUUGCGCCCGAAGACGGUGACUCGGUUCGCAUCGGCAUCAAGCAGGUCCAGAUGGAACAGGAUACCGCGAAAUCCCAAGAAUACCCUCCCUCGCUGCAGCUGCUCGACUUCAACCGCGUCUCCCACCCGCUCGUCGAGAUCAUCACCAUGCCGCAAAUCCAUAGCCCCGCCACCGCGGCGGCAUGCGUCCGGAAAAUCCAGGCGAUCUUGCAGUCGUGCAAUGCGGUGACGACUGGCAUGGAGCUGGGAGGUCUGCGGGCUGACGUCAAUGUCUCAAUUCGCCAGCGCGGUGACGCAGCAGGCACGCACCACUACGGCGGGAUCGGGGGUCUCGGGCAGCGCACGGAGAUCAAGAACCUCAGCAGCUUCAAGUCCGUGGAGGACGCGAUCAUUGCCGAGAAGAACCGGCAGAUUGCUGUCCUUGAGAGCGGCGGUGUGGUGGCGGGCGAAACCCGGGGCUGGACGAUCGGGAGCACGGAGACACGCAGACUGCGAGGCAAAGAGGGCGAGGUUGAUUACCGCUACAUGCCGGACCCCGAUCUUCCGCCUCUGUAUAUCGGGGAGGACCUGGUGUCGGAGCUCAGGCAGACCCUGCCGACGUCCUCGGACGCGCUCCUCGAACUGCUGGCGGGGCCGGAGUACCAGCUGCCCAUCGAGGACGCGAAGCCGCUGAUUGAGCUGGAGGACGGGGCCCGCUUGGAGUACUACCAGGAGGUCGUGGACCUCCUGCGGGAGCUGCAGCAGGACCAGGACCCGCAGGCGCAAAAGAGCCUCGCACGCGUAGCGGGCAACUGGGUUCUUCACGAAGUUGGAGGCUUAUUGACCAAAGCGGAGCUGGUAUGGGACGCGCAACGGGUGCCUGCUCCGACCCUGGCCGCCCUGCUUGACCAGCUUCAGCGGAAACGGAUCACGGGCCCGACGGCACGACGGGUGCUGGCCAUGGUGUUUGAGGGCGACUCGCGGGCGAUCCCGCAGCUUCUGGAGGAGGAGAACCUGAUUCUGCUGCCUUUGUCGCGGGAGGAAUACGUUGCGCUGGCCGAGGCCGCGAUCGAUCAGAACCCGGCGAUGGUGGAGCAGAUCCGGGAGAAGAAGCAACUGGGCAAGCUGGGGUGGUUUGUCGGACAGAUGAUGCGGAUGGGCGAAAAGGGGCGGGUAGAAGCGCAGAAGGCGGAUGCGAUUCUGCGGGAGUUGAUUCUGGAGGGUCGGAGGUAA